GCUGUGCUGACCCGGACCCCGCUCUCCUCCCCAGCGCCCGUGCUGACGGGAUGGCUGCUCACGAGCCGUGCCACGCGGCACUGACCCACAUGCUGGUGGCCUUCUGCGGCAUGGGCUCCUGGGUCCCUGUGACCUCCCUCUGGGUGGAGCUGCCCGUGGUGGUGAAGUCACUUCCAGAAGGCUGGAACCUGCCCGCCUACCUCUCUGUCCUCAUCGCCCUGGGCAAUGUGGGCCCCCUGGCCUUGGCCCUGGUGCACAAGCUGGCCCCGGGCAGGCUGGAGGAGCGCUGGGUCAUCCACGGCGUCCAGGGACUGGGCCUGAUCGCCGCCGUCUUCCUGGCCCUGUUCUGGGAGCGCACGGUGCUGGUGGCAGGGCAGCCCCGCAGCCUGCCCUACCUGGUGCUGGCCCUGACCCUGGCCCUGGUGUGCUGCACAUCCAAUGUCACCUUCCUGCCCUUCAUGUACCGGCUGCCGCAGCCCUUCGUGCACACCUUCUUCAUAGGCCAGGGCCUCGGCGCCCUGUUCCCCUGCAUGCUGGCGCUGGGGCAGGGCGUGGGGCAGCUGGAGUGCCGCAAAGGCACCGGCCACAACGCCUCGCAGCCGCACUACCUGGAGGAGAGCUUCUCGGCCACCACCUACUUCUGGCUGCUCUUCGCCAUGCUGGCUGUCUCGGCCCUCGCCUUCCUGGUGCUGAGGCUGGCCAUGCCCAAGAGCCCCUCCAAGGACAGCGUGGGCACAGAGGAGUCCUUCCCACUUCAGGACAGCACCCCUAGCCCUGCCAGCACCCCCGCGGUACCAGCACCCACCACCCUGGCACCCUCCUUUUGGAGCAGGCGCACCAUCUACCUGCUGGGGCUGCUGGGGCUGUCCAACGCGCUGACCAACGGGGUGCUGCCCUCGGUGCAGAGCUACUCCUGCCUGCCCUACGGCAGCCUGGCCUACCACCUGGCCGUCGUGCUCAGCAGCAUGGCCAGCUCCUUUGCGUACUUCUUCACCAAGUUCAUGCCAUGCAGGUCGGUAGCAGACUUGAGCAUCAUCUCUUUGCUGGGAUGCUUGCUUGCAGCCUACCUAAUGGUGUUGGCAGCUCUCAGCCCCUGCCCACCGCUGGUAGGGAGCGGCAUGGGGGUUGACUUGGUGGUGCUGUCGUGGAUCCUGGUGCAGGUCCUCUUCUCCUUUGGGAAGGUGAGGAUCAGCAGCCUGCUGCUCGAGGCGGACACACGAAGGGACACCGCGCUGCCCCAGUACAACACCGUCAUCCUCGGCAGCUCUCUGUCGAGUGCCUUGAUCAUGUUGUUCCUCGUCAGCAUCCCCCACCUCUUCCACAGAGGGCAGGACUGCAUGGACAACUGCAUGGUGCAGCCCCCUUCCUACCCCCUAGCAGAUGCUCCAGAGGAAAGCCCCCAGCUCCCUUGGGAGACCUGACCCCCUCCUGCUAGGAGAGCCGGGGGCUGCAGGCCUGGGGCAGGGGACAGUGAAGUGAGUGUCAUGGUUCCCAAAAACAAUUUGUUAAUACUCUGGUCUGUGGCAGAAUACCUCCCCUGUCUCUCCUCAAACUCUGCUGUCUGAUGGUUAGGUUACCUUGCUCCAAGCAGAGGGCAGACACCUCUGGCCCUGAGUUAUAACCUGAGCUGGAUACAUUCCUGAGGGAAGCAGAAAACCAGCUCCCUCUGUCUGUGUGACUGGCCUCGCACGCCUGGGUGGGGCUUACACUAUUGCUCUAAGUGUAACCCAAGGGUGGGCCUGUCGUCACUUGGAAGGGAUAGAUGAGGCAGGCACCAAUGCUGUGACAAGGACACCCGUGAUUUUGUAGCAAGCCCCCCAGUUUUUGUUUUUUUUUUUAAUUUUCAAAUCCAUUCCCUCCCUGCCCCAAUUAUUUCUGACUUUUUCUUUCCCUCUCUAUUCCCUAUAGCGAAGUAUGAGUAAGUUAAGACAUAGGUAUAAUAGGUAUGAAUAAGCUAAGCCAUAGCCGUGCCUGGAGCUGUGCGGCCACCAGCGGCAGUGUGGUGGUGGCCAAGCAGCACGCAGCCAUCCCCACCACCACCCUGCGCCGUGCACGGCUCCACGCCAGCAGCAGAUUUUGUAGGCAAGGGUAGCAGGUCUCUACUGAAUAAUCAGCUCAAUGACCGGACCAUUGCUUUCCACGGACUCACCCAGGAACCAUGGACCCAGCAUUUGAAAGACAAAGAUUCUACAGAAAUCAGCCAAGCCACUAUUGCAACACAGACACCUGAAACUGCAUGUCCACACCUGGCGUGCACAUGCUCAGUGCACCAGGGCUGACCCUUGCCUGUGAGAAAAUGUAUCACUAAUUGGGCAAGUAAGCAAUAGCGUGCAUGAAUGUGGUGUAUAUGACUAACAAAGCAGCAGCGGAUGAUAUGAAGACAAGGGAACAGCUAAGAAAGGAAGUGUGGUGUCGGCACCUAGAAGCAAACCACUGACGGCCAGAUGUCUGUGUAAACAUCCUCGGCAGGAAGAGUGGUUCAGGCUGGCUAGAUAAGAGGAACCUUUCUACAUGACGACCUUUCCCAGCAACAUAAACUGUAUAAAAGGGGGCAAGAAAAAGAAUGAAAGGGGGAAGAGCUUCCCUCACCACAGGAGCUUGCACCUGUGCAUGGCAGGUCAGAUACCCCGCUCCGUUAACAGAUAGGGAUGGACCCUAUCUGCAAUGCCCUUGGGAUCAAGUAAGUGUGGCACCUGUGAGAGUGUAUGCAUGUGUGAGUGUGUGUGUGGGGUAAAGCACUAAGUAUAUAACGCCCCGGUACCCUUAGCAAUAAACAAUCCCGCUGAAAAGAAACCGACUAUUAGUCAUUAGUCUAAUUUUUGGGUUACAGCGGGCAGCACAGUUUGGGGAGGAGGGGAGCAGCCAACAGCGGUGAAAGAACAGGUUAGGGACUACUUAGAAAAGUUGGAUGUGUACAAGUCCAUGGCGCCAAACUUGUACAUGUCCAGAUGUGCACGUGUCCACCCUUGAGCCGGAGGGGGCGGGCUGAUGUGAUUGCAGAGCCAUUGGUCAUCACCUUUGAAACCUUAUAGUGAGCAGGAGAGAUCCCGGAUGACAGGAAAAAGGGCAAAACAUAGUGCCCAUAUUUAAGAAAGGGAAAAAAGGAGGAUUCAGGGAACUAGAGACCAGUCAGCCUCAUCUCAGUCCCUGGAAAAAUCCUGGAGCAGAUCCGCAAGGAAUCCAUUUCCAAGCACUUGGAGAAGAAGGCGAUCAGGAACAGUCAAUAUGGAUUCACUGUGGGCAAGUCACACCUGACCAACCCGAUUGCCUCCUGUGACGAAGUGACUGGCUCCGUGGGUAUGCGGAGAUGGGUAGAUGCGGUGUACCUUGAUUUUAGCAAGGCUUUUGUUAUGGUCUCACAGCAUUCUUGUGGGAUAAUCUAGCAAAGGGACGCAAAUGCCAAUAGUUGCAUUAGUUUCUGCUUUGAUUUUGAAUUGAAUAAUACCGUGCUAGCCCCCUAAAGCUUCUAGUUUCAGUUUCACCAGAGAGAAGUGUGUGUGUGUGGGGGAGGGGGGUCUAGGUAAGCACACGCUACAUCUUCUGUAGCAGAAAGCCCCUUUUCCUCUUGCCUGCAUUGCUCUCCCCUCUUUGGAUAUGUUUCUCUUUUUCUACCUUUUCUUCCUUCCUCUCUCUUUCACUUUAAGAUAAGGAAUUGUGUUUUAAAAUUUGUAUGUGUGCAUUUUGUAUCUCCCCUUGUAGUUUGGUAUUUUUAUCUAUUUGUGUGCCAUGGCAUUUGUAGCUUAUAUUUUAUACUCCUCACCUUUCAACUGAAUGUGUUUAGUUUCAGAAGUAAAUUAUACAUUGUAACAAUGUUAACAAGGGCAGGAAUCAAACUGCCCUUCCCUGUAUCAGGCUGGCCCCUGAAAGAGCAAGUGAAUCAGUGAUUGAAUGUGUAACAUAGUAGCAGACAGCAAUUAACACCUGGAAGCUGCAGAUCAACCAACAGAAGAAAUCAGUAGAAGACAACGUAACAACCGGGAAAUCUCUAAACCUCACUGAUCAAGGGCUAGAAGCCCUGGCCUGAGUUAAUCAACGCCGGGGACCAACUUUUGGGCUGAAUAGCUCCAGAUCGACCACUCCCAGAGCCCUAUUCUAAAUUCAUCAACGGACUCCCAAACCUGCACGUACAUGCAGACGACCCCUGGGGCUGACAGAUGCCGUCCAGUAGCCACCGGGGGGAGGGAAGUCCCACGAGGGUCAAUGACUCCUGGAUUGGGCAAACCUGAAAACUGGGGAGUCACCAAAGUCUGCCAGGGACAGAUGAAAGGCAGUGAAAAGUGACCCUCAGUGGCACCCUCUUGAUCUCCAACUCGACCAGACCUGUCCAGUCAGAAGGACCAGCCGGCGACCCCCUUCUGGAAGAUAACACCACGCUGAAAGAAGCCUCAACGACAGACUCCAGCGCUUGUAGGAUAGGUAUACCUGACUCUGUAGCCUGCUACUGUGCAUGUGCGUGUGCGGGGACCAGCCCCAGGGUUUGUGAUUACAGUGUUUCAAUCCGCCUAGUAAACUAGAAUUUUAAGGA